CGUCCCUUAUUUCAUCCCUGAACAGGGGGGGCAAGGUAAUUACGGCUCACCCGUCACUUGUCACUCUCUUUUUCCAGAAUGUCAUUUAUGUAUAAAUAACAUGAAUACAUCAUAGAAGCUUUACAACUGUCUUGCUUAAACUAUGGUUCGGGGUAAGAAGUGUGUUUAUUUAUGUAUUUGUAUAAAUACAUGUAUUAUUCUAUUGAUGUUAAUAGAACUAUUGCGCUUGCUCAUUUAUUACACUUGUAAGAGCCAGCAAGUUUGAACAUAGGCAAAGAACUUUGGCUUUCUUAUAAAUUAAUCACGUUUAACUGAUUUUUUUUUUUAAGGUAGGGUUUAUAAACUUGUGAACUAAUUCAAAAUUUAAAUAAUUCCUAGCCAAUUCACUUUCGAUUAAGGAACCGUAUGUUAUGGUCCAUUUCAUAAUUUUAACCUACUAUUCUGAAUUAUAUUUUUUCUAUGUGCAAAAUUAAACAAAAGCUUUGUCGAAAUCGGCAUAAAAAUCACUGUAACAUGUAGAAAAUACAAUAUUUAUUGAUUUUAUUAUUCACAUCAAAUGCCUUAAUGCCUUUUUUUUUAAUAAAAAAGAAAGCAUCCAUUGAUGUCACGUGUCCAGAUGACAUCAUCAGCAAGCCGUCGGGUGAAAAGUCUUUCCUCUGUAUCGGCGCUCGCAUCACCGCCUCCGUCCUGUGUAACCUGGUGUCGCCAGCGGCUGCCUGUUUCCUGUACAUCAUGAAUCUCUCAGACGUCGUGACCUCAAUCAGCCUGGCCGUCAUCCCAACGCUGCUUGGUCUCAUCUGGAGCCCGGACCUCCAGGCUCACGUCCUUAACCCGUCCGGAAACGACCCCUUGUGUCACAAACGCUUCCGCCUGCUCUACGGCGUGGUGAAGGUCCUCGCCAUUGUGUUUUUCAUCUUGGUGGAGCUCUACUUCCGAAGUGACGUGGCCCACGCCGAUCACCUCCUGGAGCGAUAUCUGAGAGGGUUUUACGUCAUGGCGCGACCGGAGGUCAUUCUACCUCUGGCUGUUCAUUUUCUCAGCAGCCUCAUCGGGUUCGGGUUUUCCUACGCGGCGCUCGCUCUGUGCCAGCCUCUUUUUGGAGUCGUGGUGCCAUCUUUGUUUUCAAUGGUAACGAGUCUGGUGCUUUGCGUUUCAUUAGCCCCUUCCCUAUA